AUGGGCCUCAAGGACCGCGCCGAUGUUUCUCCCAACGCUUACGGUCGUGCGCUCUCCACCGUCCUUUACGUGGUCGACCUUCUCUUCAAUCGUAGCAGUCAUUAUCAAAGUAGAAAUAUGAAGGAGUCCACCUCCGGCGAUGAGCUGCAUCGGCACUGGGUUCGCCGUGCCCGGGGCGGCAUAGUCACGGAGCGUUUCGUCAGUCUCUACGCCGUCAGACAACAAUUGUACGACCUCUUCCUUGAGAAGAUUGGCAUCCCUUGGAAGGUAGGCUGUCAAUGA